CGAUAGUCGAAGACAGGCCAGCAAUUUUGUUGGUCUUGAGUCUUGAUCUGUAAAAAAUAAUAAAUAAAUAACAAUUAAAAUAUAUAAAAUAUAAAUUUAUUAUUGAUUAAUAAAAUAAAUAAAUAAGAUGGUAGUUACGGAAAAAACACCAUUACCUACUGAAGAAGAAUUAACUGUGCCAGAAAUAAAUUUAUCUUGGCCAGUUCUCCACGCUGCUUCAUUUUAUCUUGGAAAAUAUUGCGAAAACCAAAACAAUGAAUUUAUGCUCUGUCGAAAUGAACUUGAUGAAAUCAAAUGUGUCAAUGAAGGAAAAGCUGUCACGGCGUGCGCUUUUGAGUUUUUAAGGAAACUUAAGAAACAUUGCUACCAGGAAUUCGAUCAGUACUAUAAUUGUGUUUAUAAAUCAAGUCGGAAUAGUUCUUUUAUGCCAUGCCGCAAUACACAAGAAGCACUAGACAAAUGCGUCCUAAAACACAUGAACCUUGAGCGACCACCCUACGGUUACUUCUGCGAGGUAAAAAUCCACGACACUAAGCGACCCAAGCCCGUAGAAGAGCUUCCAGUCUACGAGCCGAUUCAGUCGCUUCCUGAGGACGCUCCUAAGCCACCAGCCAAGUUCGGUCCCAGAUGGAUGCUCUAAACAAACUCUUUAAAUUUAGAAUUAUUGGGAGCAAAGAUUUCCAAUUAUUAUUAGUCCUUAAGUCUGUACACCGCCCGAACAUCAGAGGUUUGUAACAUAACACAAUAUAUAUCUUCGAUCUAAAAUAAUAAUAAUAAUAAAAUUCAAUUUUAUUUAUUCUGUCACCCGUCUUGUAACAGGAUAUUUAAGUUGUACAGACAAUAAAUAAAUCAUACUGUAAUUAA